GGUUGCAUUGUUUGAGUUUAAAUCGGAACGGAAUUUUAAACCUGCAGUUUAAUUCUCCUUACCUGUUAUGUCAACUAAAAUGUAUUAUAACAAGUAUAAAAACAAACCGCGUCAAGAGUCAAGUUUGUCGUCUACUCUAACUAGUGCUCCCAACGAUAAAACAUUAACAAUGUCUUCUAAAGAGAAGAAGGACAACACAAGAAUGGGAAAACAGGCACCAUCUGUCUACGCAGCCAAGAUAAAGACGAAAAUUCACAACACAUCAUCAUUCUUCAAGCUCUCUUUGAAAACCAACAACAAGGCUCUUGCCCUGGCUCUGGUUGCUCAGAAGCAUAGAAGUCGAGAGCUGGAGAUGGAUGUUGUGCGACUGAGGAAAGAAGUGCAGGCUCAUAACUUUGAUCUUGCCUUUCAGCGUCAUAAAAACAAAGAAUUGUUUGCCAUUAUACGUGAGUUUUAUGACUCUUCCCUAAACUGGAUGACAAAGGCAGUGGACAUUUUUUCUAAUGAAGAGGUUCCAGAGAGUAUAAACGCAGAUGCAGAACACAGCAGCACUGAAGAACAAAUGUGUGAAGUGGAGGAAGAGGUUGGAAGUUUGCUGGAUGUCUGUAAAAAAGACAGUCCAACAAUGUGUCCAAAACAGGACUAUGUCAUCUCUGAAUCAGUGAAUACAGCUGUGAUCAAUGCAGAUCUACUGUUCUAUUGUUCUAAAAAAGUCAAAGAAAGGUCUUCCAGCCCAGAGAGGGACAAUCCAAUGCUGCAAAAUACCCAAUAUUGUGCUGAAAUGGAUAUGACCAUUGCUGACUGUGGUGCUGAAAUAGUGACAGUUGAAACAAACACAAGAAGAAACUCUAAAGCUAUGGAAGAACAUCAGGAAAAGAAGGAUUUGUGUCUGUCAGGAAAAGGUAGUAAGAGUAUAUCUGCAGAUGAAAAAGCACCAAUUGAUUCAAACUAUACAGCACCUCUUUCAAAAGACAAUGCAACACAACAUUGCUCUCCUGCUGUCCAGAACAAGAAAGAGAAUUUUCAGGAAAGUGAUGAGUGUUUGUUUGGAGAAAUGGAACCAAUAACUGCACGCAGGAAGACUCAUGUCACCUCUCGUCAUACUAAAAGUAGCCAGCGCACAUGUAAACAGAAAAACCCAGAUCCAAGGAAAACUUACCUAAUUUCCCAAGAUCCCCCCAAUGACAUUUUAAAUGAUUGUUUUAGUGAUCUUGAGGUUCAGAAUUGUCAGAGAAACAAGGCAAUUCCUUGGGAUGGAAAUCUUUCAGGCAUAGCUGCUAAAAAUAAAGCAAAGGAGGCUCAUGCUACCCAGGAACCUAAAAGUCAAGGUGAAAAUAACAGGAGAACAUAUAUAUUUCAAGAUGAGCUAAGACCUCAGAAGAGCAGGAAGACCAAAGUCUCAUCUCUUAAUAUCGAUCAGGGGUUUGUACAUGAGGAUGUUGAAUCAGCCAGUACUGUAUACCCACAAGCUGCUGCUACUGAUAUGCAUGUCCGUGAGCCCACAGGCCAAGUUAAAAAACAUAAAAACAAAACACGAGCACAUACACUUUCACAAUUUGAAGAAUGCAACGCACAGAAAAACAGAGGAACAUUUGUUAUACAAGCAAGUGAAUCAAUUGUCAGUGGGAAUUCAUCAGACAUUUUGAAUAAAACUAGUAUAUUAGAGGAUGGUAACAGACCAGAUGAUUCAGAGGAGGUAACAUCAGAAAGGCAAACAAUCCCUCAAGUUAUCUGUUUGGAUGACAUUACAGAACAGCAAAAGGAUCAGGUAUCAGGAGAAAACAACUAUUCAGAAAGUUCACAGGAUGUUCAUAAGUAUUUACCAGAGUCCUCUCAAUUGACAUCAUUAGUGCCCAGUAAAGCUAAAAAACACAGAUUGGUGACUGAUAAAGUAGUAACAAAGAGGAAUGCAACAGGAAAAGCCAAAUCUAAAGCUGUAACAAGGAAACAGUUGAGCACAAGUACUCAAAGUAAUGUUGGUAAUUCAGCAACUGAAAAGCAAGAUGUGACUGAUAUUGAAAAUGGAGUAGAAUACCGGUCUUUAUCUCAUACCUUGCAGUUAACAAGGAAAACUCAUUGCUCAGUCUCAGAGGAGGACUUCAAGUAUGAACAUCAUGCAAAAACCCAUAAAGCAAACCUUGACAUAAGUGCAAGCACUCCUUCCACUGUUGACAAGGCUGAUCAGGCUAACCAUAUCAACAUGGAUGAUCUUUGCAUGAAUAUGGAUCAAACCAACCAUGGCCAUGAGAGCAUGUGCAGGAAAACGUACAUUAUUUCAUCUAGUCAUAAUUCACCUGGCAAACAAACAAAUGGCAGUGGGGCUUCCAGCUGCAUUUCUGAAUGUCAUCUCACAAAUGUAUCAGAUGAAGUUUUACCUUCAGUGACUUUAGAUAGUUUCAAUGGACACAUAAAGGACCAGAGCCUUCAAUUCACAGAGGAGAGGCCUCCCUGGGAGUCCAUAGGCGGUUACACUGAAGUGCUCUCAGAUGAAAGCUCUGCUCACAGCCCACAACCAAAAGCCCACUCUCAAACCUUGAACAUUUAUCAGGACCAGGAGUUGAACUUGAUGCACCAACCUCCAGUAGAAGACCGGGUUAUGAAGAGUUUAACAAAUAAAGACUGGAACAUUAGCUCUGAAUUUGGGAGAUCACGAAGGAGAAUAGUACCAGUGUCCUACAAAGAACCCACACUUAACUGCAAAAUGAGACGUGGGGACAAAUACUCUGAUUCAAAGUUCUUGAAUUCUCCUGUGUUCAAAGAUGACAAGAAGAAGAAACGAACUCAGGAAAAAGGAGUCAUCUCACAUUAACUGAUCUACAUCUUUUUAAUUAUUUAUUCUUUAUUUUGUGUCUGCUUUUAUUCCAUUUUGAUGUGAUACAUGUGUUUUAAUAGAUUUUUUUUUAAUUUUUUUUACUGAAUUUAGCUGCACAUUUCAGCUCAGUUUUAAUCUAAUACACUUGGUGUGAGAAAAUAUAUAUUUUUGAAUUUUAGAUGUAGAAACUGCUCUUUUUGUCGUGAGAAAAACUCACUUCUGCUUGCCGACCCAUCUAUAGUUUUCUUGGAAGACAGCUUUUCUCAAGAUUAUGUUGGCAAGUUGCACCUGUGUGCAGGGGUGUAGAUUCCACCCCUGUUUAAUAAAUCGAAACAUGUAAAUUCUUCAAACUAUAACACCCCCCCUCCAAUGUUCAAGCCAAAUCUACGCCCUUGCCUGUGUGUUAUAUAACUGGGCACUUGUGAUUGACAAACUGAAUGAAUAAUUUAGAGUGGACCGUUCACCUGAGAUGUCUAUUCUAAGAUCAGGAGUAUCUGUUUAACCAGUUUAUACUGCAGUCUGAAAGCAAACCAGAACUGAUAUUUGCUAUUAUUUUGCAAACAGGUAGUUUUAUUGUCAGUUUUAGGUAAGUUGUAAAACUUUUCUAUGCAUUUUCAUGAGAAAGGAUGCUUUUCUGGUUGAAGGGGUAAGUCUUUUUGCAUCAAGGCAAAAAGCAAUGUAUUACAUUCAAAUUUUAUGGGCAAAUAGUUUAUUUUCACUUUUAGCCAUUAACUGUUUUAAUUAAAUUAAUAAUUUGUAGAGCAUCUCAACUUGUAAAUGCUUGGAAGUGUUAGUUUUAUCAAAUGCUACCGUAACCUAACCCUUGUCUGUUGGAUACCAGGUCAAAUGUUCAUCUCACUUUUCCUGUUCAUUGCUAGACAAUAUAGGGUUUAUAGUUUGCAUCCUGUGUUUAGUGUUUCCCUGGGCAGAGGAUUAACUACUAUGUUACUCAUGCUGUUUUUCUAUGUAAUGUUUUUUUCAUUGUUCCAAACAUUACUUUGAAUGGGAUUUCAGUUUUUUUUUUUUUUCCAGACUGAAUUUUAGAA